AUGACCUCCCUCCUCCAUUCCCGCUGGGCCCCCGGCAACAGCGACUACGAUCCUUACAACCAAUACGACAACCCCUCCUCCAGCAACGGCACACACCACCAACCCCGAACCAACACACGCAACCAAAGCUCCAAAUCCAAAUCACCACACACCCACAGCAUCCCCGCAUCCCCAGCCAGACCCUCCUACACAAAACCACCCUCACAAUCCAGCCCCCUCCCCCCCUCCGAAGAACUAGCCCGAUUCAUCAAGAUCACUGCCCGCCUCCGCUGGAAGCUCCCCUUCCUCGCCGAAGCCUACCGCCUCGCAACCGCAACCCCGAUCAACCCCGAAGCAGAAAUAAUGUUCAAAAUCGACUUCUUCGAAUACUACGCCCUCCUAGAGCGCUGCAUCGUGCACCUCCUCGCCGUCUUCAACAUAACCGUCUCCUCCUCACGAGGCCGCCCCCCUCCAACGCCAGUCUACACCGCUACCACGCAAACCGGCCGCGUCUUCGAGCAGCUGCGGCAGGCGAAGGAGUUGCGGAAUCGCUGGAAGACGGCUGAUAUGACGGCGGAGCAGGUGCUGCGGGAUCCCGUGGGGGAUCGGGAUGUUGUGAGGCCGUUGGAGAGUUAUGAUUUGGAGGGGAUUUUGGGGGCGAUUUUUGGUGGGUUGGAGGAGGGGUUUGUUAGGGCGAGGGAACAUGUUAAGUUGUGUAUGAGGGUUGGGGAGGAUGUAGUUGAUGCGGGGAGGGAGGAGGGGUGGGAGUUUAUGGUUGAUGCGAUGGAUUGGGAGGCUGUUUGA